AUGUUGAAGAGCCUGAAAUUUUAUGAGGUUGACAUCACUGCCACUAUGCUGCAGCGAUUCCUUAUCAGUUGCCCACUACUUGAGGAAUUUACAUGGAUUGGAUAUGAUUGUUUAGACUUUACAGGAGGAAACAAGUGUACAUUUAUUGAGUUGUUUACGUGUUUAUCAUCGGUUCAAGUUGUGAACAUCUCUUGGUUUGACAACAGGGACUUCUAUGCAGGUGUUAUAUCACAAAAGCUCCCCACUUCACUAGUCUACUUGAGGAUACUUGUUCUUCAAGUGUGUUUUCAUGAACAAGAUCAGAUUUCCUCCACUCUAUGUGUGAUCAACAGCUCCCCGAAUUUAGAGAAAAUUAACUUGAGGUUGAUUCGUUAUGUUGCACAAACUUGCACUACUUUGCUUGAUCCUCAAGAUUAUUUGGGGCUUAACUUGGAUCAUCUUAAAGAACUGGUGAUAACAAGUUUCCAUAACUAUGCUUCUGAGAUGGAAUUUGUAAAGCUCAUAAUGGGUAAGUCGCCUCUGCUUAAGAAAGCACGAAUCAAGCUCAGUACAUCUGUUUCUGUUGACGAAGAAGUUAAGAUGCUUCGAGAUUUGGUAUACUUGCAAUUUCCACGUGCAUCACCAGAAGCCAAGCUAAUUAUCGAACGCCCGAAAACGUUGCCUGCAAAGGCAAUUAAGUUUUAG